AUAGUAGUAGACUACACUAGACUUUCUCUCUCAUUGAAAGUUGAAACCCCUUCCUCCUCCUCCGUUCAAUGUUGAUGUUAACUUUCUUCUUCUCUUCCUCUUUCUACCUUUAGGGUUCUUCUCUCUCUCUCUCUCUCUCUCUCUCUGUAACUAUGAAAUGAAAUAAUUAAGACGUGUCGUGUCUUGUCGUCUGUUGUAUCGACAACAUACCCAUCCACAUUCACUCCGAUGAAUCCCCCACCCAAAUUCUUCUUCAUCUCCGUCACACAUUUACUUCUCAUUCUACUCUCAACUUGCACCGCUUCACAACCGGAGCUCCGAUCUCUUCUCGAAUUCAAAAAAGGCAUUACCAUAGAUCCAUCCAAUCGAGUUCUCAACUCAUGGAAUCCUUCUUCCGUCAACACUGCCAACUCAUGCCCUCACUCAUGGGUUGGAAUCCUCUGCGACGACCUCACCGGAAACGUCACCGGAAUUAUCCUCGACGAAUUCAGUCUCGUCGGUGAACUCAAGUUUCAAACUUUACUUGACCUUAAAAUGCUUAAAAACCUUAGUCUCUCCGGUAACCGGUUCACCGGAAGGUUACCACCUUCGUUAGGUACACUAACUUCUCUUCAACAUUUGGAUCUUUCACAUAACAACUUCUACGGUCCAAUUCCGGCACGGAUCAACGAUCUUUGGGGACUUAAUUACCUUAAUUUAUCACAUAAUGAAUUCAAAGGUGGAUUUCCAACUGGUCUCAACAAUCUUCAACAACUUAGGGUUCUAGAUUUGCAUUCUAACAAACUUUGGGCUGACAUUGGUGACCUUCUUCCCACUCUUCGCAACGUCGAAUUCCUCGAUUUGAGUCACAAUCUUUUCUACGGUGGACUUUCACUUACUCUUCAGAAUGUUUCAUCUUUGGCUAAUACAGUUCGUUACUUGAACUUGAGUCAUAACAAUUUGAAUGGAAACUUCUUUCUCAAUGAUUCCAUUGAAUUGUUUCGCAAUUUGCAAGCUUUGGAUUUGACUGAUAAUUUGAUCAGAGGGGAGCUUCCUUCUUUUGGUUCUUUGCCUGGACUUAGGGUUCUGAGACUUGCACGUAAUCUCUUAUUUGGGGCUGUGCCUGAGGAUUUGUUGCAGAAUUCAAUGUCAUUGGAAGAAUUGGAUCUUAGCUCCAAUGGCUUUACUGGCUCAAUUCCUGUAGUUAACUCUACCAGUUUAAUUGUUUUGGAUCUUUCAUCGAAUAGUUUAUCAGGCUCAUUGCCAACAUCUUUGAGAUGUACAGUCAUAGACUUGAGCAAGAAUAUGUUAUCCGGCGACGUUUCUGUUAUAGAGACCUGGGAACCCACUAUGGAGGUUAUUGAUCUGAGUUCCAACAAGCUGUCAGGACCCUUGCCUUCUACUUUAGGGACAUAUUCAAAAUUGUCUACCCUUGACUUAAGUUUUAAUGAACUUAAUGGAUCCAUUCCAGUUAGUUUUGUUACUUCGUCAUCCCUGACAAGGCUAAAUCUUUCUGGAAAUCAAUUAACAGGGCCACUUUUGCUUCAAGGUUCAGGGGCAAGUGAAUUACUGCUUAUGCCUCCGUUUCAACCAAUGGAAUAUUUUGAUGUAUCUAACAACUCUUUAGAAGGUGUCUUGCCUUCUGAUAUAGGUAGGAUGGGUGGGCUCAAACUGCUGAAUCUGGCAAUGAAUGGUUUUUCCGGACAGUUUCCAAAUGAAUUGGACAAACUUAUUUACUUGGAACACCUUGAUUUGUCUAACAACAAAUUUACUGGAAACAUUCCCGAUAAGCUUUCAUCUAGCUUGACUGUAUUUAAUGUGUCCAAUAAUGAUCUAUCAGGCCAUGUUCCUGAAAAUUUGCGGCGGUUUCCUCCUUCAUCCUUUUUCCCCGGAAAUGAAAAGCUAAAGUUACCAAAUACAUCUCCUGAAAAUUCUUCAGUGCCAGAUAAUAUUCCAGGUAAAGGUAAACAUCAUAGUUCGAAGGGUAAUAUCAGGAUAGCAAUUAUUCUUGCUUCUGUGGGUGCUGCUGUGAUGAUUGCUUUUGUUUUAUUGGCUUAUCAUCGAACACAAGCAAAAGAAUUUCAUGGUAGAAGUGAGUUUACUGGCCAAACUACUGGAAGAGAUGCCAAGUUCGGAGGACUUUCAAGGCCUUCUCUCUUCAAGUUCAAUGCAAAUGCUCUACCUCCAUCAACUUCUUUGAGCUUUUCUAAUGAUCACUUGUUGACAUCUAAUUCAAGGUCACUUUCUGGACAGCAGUCUGAGUUUAUAACUGAAAUAUCUGAGCAUGGCUUGUCCCAGGGAAUGAUAGCAAGUAGUUCAGCACCUGUAAAUCCUAAUUUGAUGGAUUACCCUCCCACGACAUCUGGAAGGAAGUCUUCUCCUGGUUCUCCAUUGUCGUCCUCACCACGUUUUAUAGAGUCUUGUGAAAAGCCUGUGAUGUUGGACGUCUACUCACCAGAUCGACUGGCUGGGGAACUGUUUUUCCUGGAUUCUUCGCUAGCAUUCACUGCUGAGGAAUUAUCUCGAGCUCCAGCUGAAGUUCUUGGCAGAAGUAGCCAUGGCACUCUCUACAAAGCUACUCUGGACAGUGGUCAUAUGUUGACUGUAAAAUGGUUAAGGGUGGGGUUGGUCAAACAUAAAAAGGAAUUUGCUAGAGAAGUUAAAAGAAUUGGUUCUAUGAGGCAUCCAAACAUUGUCCCACUACGAGCAUACUAUUGGGGGCCUAGGGAACAGGAGAGGCUUCUUUUAGCCGACUAUAUUCAUGGAGACAGCUUGGCCCUCCAUCUCUAUGAGACCACACCCCGGAGGUACUCCCCAUUGUCGUUCAGCCAGAGAAUAAGAGUUGCAGUGGAUGUUGCAAGAUGUCUUUUAUACCUUCACGACCGAGGGCUUCCCCACGGAAAUCUGAAGCCGACAAACAUUCUGUUGGCAGGCCCUGAUUACAGUACUUGUCUUACUGACUAUGGUCUACAUCGGCUCAUGACGCCGGCUGGAGUUGCAGAACAGAUACUAAAUCUAGGAGCACUUGGUUACCGUGCUCCAGAACUUGCUACUGCAUCCAAACCAGUUCCAUCAUUUAAGGCAGACAUCUAUGCACUCGGGGUGAUCCUAAUGGAAUUAUUAACGAGAAAAAGUGCAGGCGACAUAAUAUCUGGACAAUCAGGUGCUGUCGAUCUUACAGAUUGGGUUAGGCUGUGUGAGAGAGAAGGAAGGGUAAUGGACUGUAUAGACAGAGACAUUGCAGGUGGUGAAGAAUCCUCAAAAGAGAUGGACCAACUGCUUGCAACAUCUCUCAGGUGUAUUCUCCCUGUACAUGAAAGACCUAACAUCAGACAAGUUUUUGAAGAUCUCUGUUCUAUAUUGGCUUGAAUUUUUUGUACAUGUGUCUGGGAAUUAGUUUUUUAUUUUUGGUUCCUCGACCCAUUAUUGUUAUUUUCUGAUUCUUUGUACUCAUCUUAUCUCCUCCCUAAUUGGUUUAAGGCCUUAUUUUGGGCCAAUCAUCCUAUUCUUUUCUUCUAUUAUUCUCUUUUUUAUGUUUCUAGAAAGAACACUAUUUCUUGUAAAGCGAUAAUCAUUGAUUAAUCGACAGUGUUGGUGUUUGAUUUGAAAAGCAGAUGCGAGAAUUCUUUUCUCUUAA